UUCUGUUGAAUAUCAGUACAAUUUUGAGAAGCGUCUCAUACACAGACAGCUAAUUUGAAUAGUUACAAAACAAACAUGAAGCUGUUCGUGGUAUUCACGAUAGCCUUGAUUGCGGGAAUCCAAGCUACGCUCCAAGUAGAUCCCGAAUGCGUUGGAAUCCGUAAUGGCAGCACUUUUAGACUGAAGGAAGAUUGCGCUAGCUACUUCUCCUGUCAAAAUGGAAAAUUGUUGUGGCAAAAGUGUCCAGCGGGUUUGAACUGGGAUCAGGUCCAGCAUAUGUGCCAGGUUCCGGAAAAAGUGCAAUGUGAGAUCGGUCCAUUCCUAACACCGAUUACCACAACUACGGAGGCCCCUGUUUGGACCACUCCACCAGUAAUCCUUACUACUGGCAUUGUACCGAUAGAGGAAAACAGUGAGGCCAUCUCCGGGUACACUUGUCCUUCGAUCGGCAUCGCCAGCAUUCCUCACAAGGAAAGUUGCUCCAAAUAUGUUAUCUGCUUUGAUGGCACUCCGAUUACUCAAAGCUGUGCCCCGGGAUUGCAAUUCGAUGCUACCUCAGGACAGUGCACUUUCCCAGUUUUUGCCAACUGCACUGUUGAUGAUCUAAUCUGCCCAGCUUGGGAUGAUUUGAACAAACUGGUUUUCAUUGCUGACAAAUUUGACUGCGCCAAAUACUACUAUUGCUACAAUGGAAAAUCGCAUCCCAACCGUUGCGCCGAAGGACUUCACUGGGAUCCAGUUAAUAACUGGUGCACACCGAUUGAAAUGUCUCGCUGCUCUAACUUCACCCCGUACGAGGAAGUCGACGAGCCUAUGUUGACCCCCAAGACGGUGACUUGCACUGGAGAUUCGGCCUACUGGGUGGAACAUCCUAAGAGUUGCCGACACUAUUACCUAUGCUACAAGAGCAAAGCCAUUCUGAAGCGGUGCGACGAAGGACUUUACUGGGACCAUGGAACUGGAUCGUGUAACUAUGCCGGCAGAUCAUCAUGCAGGAAGUAAGACGAUAGAAAAAAUAAGGAAAGCACAGUUUAUGUUAGUGUAUACAAUGGCUUCAACUGGAAUAAAUCUGUGAUUCGCUAGGCUUCACAA